CCCCACCCCCCACCCCUUAUGAGAUGGCUCGGAGCUGCGCCCGUCCUCGGUGAUGAUCGAUAGACGGAUGCAGGUAGCCUUCCUCCCCUACACACGCAGCAUCACCACGCAUCCCUUUACUCCGCUGUGCAGCUUUCCUCCCCAUCAGCGCACAUACGCACACGGGGCUGCUGCCUAUUGAUCUCUGAACAUCUGGAGCAGCUCAUAUUUGUUUUACAAGGAAGGCAGUGGCCGCAAAAGGAGGACUGAGACAGCAACAGCAGCGGCGGCGGCGGCAGCAAUAGCAGCAGCAGGACGGAGCACUUGACACCUUUCUUCACGGCAUCGAUAUGCAGUAGCGUGAUACCAGCUCUGCGGAGACGGAGAAGGCCAGUCCAUGGCAUCUUGAUGUUAAAACCGUGGGCUCUGCGCAUUCCCAACCGACAACACAGGCUUGUCUUUUAUUUUCCUUUUCUCUUCUUUUUUUUUCCUCCCCUACCUCACAUUCUGCAGAAUCGGAAGGAUUAACUUGGCCAAGAUAAAAAGGCGGCAAGUGAAGACACGCUAUAAUAAUUCAGCUUGACCAGAUUCCGUUCUGUCGUGGGGGAUUCGUGGGAUAUAUUCACUGGCCCCGCGAUGGACUCCAGCGCGGGGAAAUAUGGCAUGGCUCGUUUUGGAUUGUUUGUGCUUUUCAUGGGGCUGUGGAGAUCCGGCGAUGCCUAUUGCCCCGAAUCUUGCACUUGCAGCAUCUCACGGAUUGUUUGUAACGACCCCGAACCGGGGAUCGAGGAUUUCCCUGUCCUUACGUUAGAUGACAUGGAAAACAUCACCGAGAUACACAUUGCCAAUCAAAACAGAUUGAUUAACAUAAGUGACAGCAGUUUGAGGCACUACAUAAACCUCAGAAAUCUAACGGUGACAAGGACAAGAUUAACAUAUAUAUCCAAGGAUGCAUUUUAUAACAACACAAGACUUCAAUAUGUAAAUCUCAGAGAUAACAACCUCUCCAUGCUGUCAUGGAGAACAUUUCAGAACUUCAACAGUACAUUUCCGCUUCUUCUAUCUGGAAACCCUUUGGAUUGUGUUUGUGAAAACUUGUGGAUCAAACUGAGACUCCAAGAAGACAUAGACGGUCCAGAGCUGACAUGUACUGAUGAAAGGGGAGAGACAAGGGACUUUGCCACACUCACUCCUCCAGACUGUGUGGUUCCCAAAGUAGAGUUGAGCCUCAAAAAUGUGACCGUAAGGGAGGGUCGUGAUGUCAAAGUUGUGUGUAGUGCCUCAGGCUCCCCUGUUCCUGACAUCCUGUGGACCCUUGAUAUGCUCUCAACCCACUAUGAGAUUGACCCUUUGGAAACAAAAAGCACCCUCAUCUUGUCAGGCCUGUCUCCCGAUGACAACGGCAGGGUGAUCGUAUGCAGCGCCGAGAACAUAGUCGGUCAGAUUGAAGCCACGCUUCAGCUCAAUAUCCUCUUUCCCCCUAGAAUCGAGCAGCUGCUGGCUCCAGAACAGGCCCACCAGUGGUGCAUCCCAUUCACUGUGACGGGGAACCCCAAACCUAAGCUGCUGUGGUAUCAUAAGAAGGUGCUUCUCCAGGAGCAAGACUUCAUCCGCACCAUGAUCCACGAGUCCACCGAGAACGAGGACCACGGCUGCCUGCAGCUCGCCAAUCCCACUCACAUCCACAACGGCGAAUACAAGCUUGUGGCGAGGAACGAGUACGGUCGGGAUGAAAAGACGGUCACCGCCCAGUUCCUUGAUCCGCCAAACAUUACAGAAAACCCAGAUUAUGAUGAUCACAUAUAUACUUAUCCAGAUCCACCGCCUCUGGACGACAGUGUUGCAGUGUAUGUCGUUGUGGGAAUUGCCGGUGUUGCCCUGACUGGCUGCGUGCUCAUGGUCAUCAUUUUGAAAUAUGGAAGAAACUCAAACUUUGGUAUUAAAGGCUCCUCCUCGGUAAUCAGCAACGACGACGACUCUGCCAGCCCUCUUCAUCACGUCUCCAAUGGCAACAACACACCGUCGUCCUCAGAGAUGGGUCCAGAUGCAGUGAUCAUCGGGAUGACAAAGAUUCCUGUCAUUGAGAACCCGCAGUACUUCCGCAACUCCGGCAGCAUGCUGAAAGCCGACACGUUUGUGCAGCACAUCAAGAGGCACAAUAUAGUGCUGAAGCGGGAGCUGGGAGAAGGAGCCUUCGGGAAGGUCUUCCUUGCCGAGUGCUACAACCUGGUGCCAGAUCAUGAGAAGAUCCAUGUGGCCGUCAAGACUCUGAAGGAGGCCACUGAAAGCGCUCGCGCAGACUUCUACAGGGAGGCGGAGCUUCUGACCAACCUGCAACACGAGCACAUCGUCACCUUCUACGGAGUGUGUGUGGAGAGCGACCCGCUCAUCAUGGUUUUUGAGUACAUGAAACAUGGAGACCUGAACAAGUUCCUCAGGUCCCACGGUCCUGAUGCGGUUCUCAUGGCAGACGGUCAGCACAGUAUCUUGGUGGAGCUCACCCAGUCUCAGAUGCUGCACAUUGCCCAACAGAUUGCUGCUGGCAUGGUCUACCUGGCCUCCCAACAUUUUGUCCACAGAGACUUGGCAACAAGAAACUGCCUGGUAGGGGAAAACCUGCUGGUCAAGAUAGGAGACUUUGGCAUGUCGAGAGAUGUUUACAGCACAGACUACUAUAGGGUGGGCGGUCACACGAUGCUGCCGAUCCGCUGGAUGCCCCCGGAGAGCAUCAUGUAUCGGAGGUUCACCACAGAGAGUGACGUGUGGAGUCUGGGUGUGGUGCUGUGGGAGAUCUUCACCUACGGCAAGCAGCCCUGGUACCAACUCUCCAACAAUGAGGUGAUUGAGUGCAUCACGCAAGGCCGAGUCUUGCAGCGGCCCCGCACCUGUCCUAAGGAGGUAUACGACCUGAUGCUGGGCUGCUGGCAGAGGGAGCCCUACAUGAGGCUCAACAUCAAGGAAAUCCACAGCAUGCUCCAGAGCUUGGCCAAGGCCUCUCCCGUCUACCUGGAUAUACUGGGCUGAUCCACCAGCGCCUGCGUAUGCAGUUUGUGUGCAUGUGUGCUUCGUAUGCGGAUGGGUGUUUGGGUGCUGGAGAGCAUGUCGGGAGGCAGAGAGGACGCUGGAAGUGAAGGUAGCGUGACUACGUCUAUGUACAGAAUCCGGCUGUAAAUGUGACUGUAAAAUGCAAGCUGUCCGUGUCCUCAUCCCGUGAAGAGAAGCCUUAUCGUUUAGGUUUUUUGCUUUUUUGUUUCCUUAUUUGUUUGCAGAAGCUCCUUGGCAUGUUUCAUAGAAUGAAGUGAGAAAUACAUACAGAUUUAUGUGAUUUUACUUAAAAUAACGGUCUAAAAACCCCCCCCAAAAAACAAAAAUGAGCAGAGAGGUCAUUCUGCAUCAUGUGAAUCCAUCGCCACAAUGUUUUUCAUACUUACUAAGAGAGGCGGUGGGGGAAUAAAAAAAAAAAUCAAAAAUCAAGAAACACUCAUUGACUGAGAAUAUAUGGAAACAUCUAUGUAGAUAAAGCUUUUUAAGUCCAGUUGAUUUAAAUCUGGUAUUUAAGUCAUGCAUAUGUAAAAACAUUUUACAGACAAGUAAAAAA